UGCCCGCUUUUGCCAGAGGAGGACGGGGCAGAUCUCCCUCCCGUGCCACGAGUCCACGACCAUUCCCCUUCCCCUGCUCCUCCCACCGCCACCACCAGCUCAGCCUCCCUGCUCUGCCUCUGCUAGCUGCUGCCGCCGCGCGCCGUUCCUUGCCGUGCGGGCGUGGAGUGGACGGGUCCGUUGAUCUCUCUUGCGCGGGGCGCCGGUGGUUGGUGGUGCGCGGCGGGAGAAAAAAGAAGAAGAAGAAAAGCCGCGGCGCUUUGCGCUGCUCUGCUCCCGUAGGUGUCACGAGAUUUGGGCUUAGGGGCUUAGCCUUUCGCUUUCCUUUUUCCUCUCGCGCACAAGGGGCCGAGGGGGAGGCGCGUCGUAGAGGGGAGGGGAGCGAGCCGUAACAUCUGAUCUGUUCCAAUGGCGACCCCUGCUGCCGUUGCUGUCGUCUCCGGCGCGUCGUUGGGGCGGUGGUAGCGCUGGAGGCAGACUAGUGCUGCAGCGAGGGGAGUACUAGGUUGGUUGGUGAGAAGGGGGUGGUUGUAGCUCUGCUCGUGGCCCGGGCGCUCGCUCUCUCGCUCGUGUGCUCUCGCUCGCUCGCUCGCGUGCCCGCGCCGGGAAGGCAGUGGGUGCCUAGUCGGUUCUCGCGCGCGAGGGUGGUGGUGGUGGUGGUGGUGGUGGUGGUGGUGGUGGUGCUGCUGCUGCUCCUCCUCCUCCUCCUCCGGUUGAUGAGCAUGGGGCUUUGCUCCGAGCAGUGGCCCGGCUUCGAGGUGACCAAGGACUGGAACGGCGCCGACCAGGUCGCGAUCCGGUCUCCGAGGGGGGCCUCCGUCCGGGUCUGCCUGCACGGCGGGCAGGUCGUCUCGUGGAGGAACGACCGCGGCGAGGAGCUCCUCUUCACCAGCAGCAAGGUGAGUUUGUUUCAGCUGCCGGUGCUGGUUGCGCGGUCGUAUCUGUGGCAAUGUGGAUUUGAUCCUGUAACUGCGAUCUUCAAGCCGCCAAGAGCGACACGUGGUGGAAUCCCAAUAUGCUUCCCACAGUUUGGAAACUGUGGAACAUUGGAGCAGCAUGGAUUUGCAAGGAACAAGAUAUGGACAAUAGAUGAAGAGGCUCCACGACUAAAUUAUGGUGAUAAUAACAACAACAAAGCUUCUGUUGACAUUCUGCUAAAGCCAUCAGAAGAUGACCUGAAAUGCUGGCCACACUGUUUUGAGUUACGCCUCAGAGUUUCACUUUCAAUGGAUGGAGACCUUUCACUGAUAUCACGUAUCAGGAACGUUAAUGGGAAGCCAUUCAGUUUCGCAUUUGCUUAUCAUACAUAUCUUUCUGUUUCUGACAUCAGUGAAGUGAGGAUAGAAGGUUUGGAGACCCUUGAUUAUCUUGACAACCUUAGCCAGCGAGAACGGUUUACCGAGCAAGGAGAUGCUAUAACAUUUGAAGAAGAGGUUGAUCGAGUCUAUGUUGGCUCCCCAUGCGUAAUUGCUGUUCUUGACCAUGAAAAGAAACGCACAUUCAUCGUACGAAAAGAGGGGCUCCCAGAUAUUGUUGUGUGGAACCCCUGGGAGAAGAAGUCGAAGACGAUGGUCGACUUCGGCGACGAUGAGUACAAGCAGAUGCUCUGCGUCGACGCGGCCGCGGUCGAGCGGGCCAUCACGCUGAAGCCUGGCGAGGAGUGGACGGGGAAGCUGGAGCUCUCGGCCGUGCCGUCGACCAACUGCAGCGACCACCUGGACCACCCGGGCAGGCUGUAGAGCCCCGCCCGAGCUCGCUCGCCCCUGGCGGAAGGCAUGUACUACUUUUUUUCAUGUACAUGGGGGCGCUAUGCGCUAGGUCCGCCGGCCCUGCUGGCAGCAGUAUGUUCAGCCUGCCAGCUGUUUGAAUUUAAACUUUAUGUCAGAUGCAAAUAUUGCUGUGAUCGACAUGGUUCCCGUUCCUGCAAUGUGAAGCCUCAAGAGUCUAUCUGCA